AUGUUCUCGCUUCAGGGCCAGACGGCCAUCAUCACCGGCUGCACUCGCGGCAUCGGCCAGGCUGUGGCCAUCGGGCUCGCCGAGGCCGGAGCCGACGUCCUCUUGGUACAGCGAGACACGACCAGUACGGCGACCAAGGAGGCAAUCGAGAAGCUGGGCCGCCGCGCGUGCAUCUACACGGCCGACAUGGCCUCGCCAGAGCAGGUCGCGGCGCUGACGCCCAAGAUCCUGGCCGACGGGCACGAGGUUCGCAUCCUCGUCACCUGCGCCGGCAUCCAGCGCCGGCACCCGUGCGAGAAGUUUCCAGACAGCGACUUCAACGAUGUCAUGCAAGUCAACCUCAAUGCCGUCUUCGCCCUCAACCGCGACAUUGGCGCCCACAUGCUCACCCUCGAGCCCUCGCCCACAACGGCCCGCCGCGGCAGCAUCAUCAACUUUGCCUCGCUGCUGACCUUCCAGGGUGGCCUGACGGUGCCCGCGUACGCCGCCUCCAAGGGCGCCGUCGGCCAGCUGACCAAGAGCUUCGCCAACGAGUGGACGGCCCGCGGCAUCACCGUCAACGCCAUUGCGCCCGGCUACAUCGAGACGGAUAUGAACACGGCACUGCUCAACAACCCGGAGCGGCUGGCCGGCAUCAGUGCCCGGAUCCCGGCGGGCAGGUGGGGUUCGCCUGAAGAUUUCAAGGGCACGGCCGUCUACCUGGCGAGCAAGUCGAGUGGAUACGUGAGCGGGCACACGCUGGUUGUCGAUGGAGGGUGGAUGGGUAGGUAA